AUGCCAAAAUGUAAGCUAAAAGAAAUUGUUUAUUUUUUAAAUUUUCUUUGCUCAAUACUUUUGCGUUUCUCCCUCUUCCUCCCUCUCUCUAUCUUGCUCUCUUCCUCUGUGUCUACCGUUAUCUUUCUUUAUUUCUCUCUCUCUCUCUCUCUCUCUCUCUCUCUCUCUCUUCUAUUUUUCUUUUUUUUCCGCUACGAAGUGCUGAAAGUUUUCUUUAUUUCCCGUUCUAUCAUCCUUUUAUUUUUAUUUCAUUUUAUUUUUGUUUCAUUUCUUAUUCUUCAUUUUCCUUCUUUCUUCAUUUUAAAAUUUAUUCUCUUUAAUCUUUCUUUAAUUCAUCUUUUUUCUUCCUUCAUUCAUUCUUUCUUUCAUUCAUUUAAUCAUUCAUCUUUCUUUAUCAUUCGCUUCCAAAAAAAAAAAAAACAUCUAUCUUUUCUUCAUAUUUGUACGCAAGUGACAGGCAAGCUCUUGCAGGUCUAUCCUCGCAACCAAACUAGAAUGGCCCAUUGUUUAUCUAGUAUUAGCUCGGUUCACCGAUUUUGCGCGAAAUACAAAACGAUUUUGUUUAUCUAUCUAUCUAUCUAUCUAUCUAUCUAUGAAUAUACACACGGGAACACACAAACACACAGAUAUAUAUUCAGCUCUUAG